CGUUCAAGCAGGGAGCACAUUGCACGCGUUUCGUUCCCAUCGAGAGAGAGACACACACACAUAUGUAUACUUAGCGCGUCGACUGACUCUGUGUGUGUCUGUUUUCCCCCUUUAAUUGUACGUCUUCAUACGCGCGCGUCUCUCUGUGUGUGUGUGUGUGUGUACGUGCGUGCGUGUGCGUGCGAAGCGUGGCGUGAGUGUUCAUUGGUGUGUGUAAAUUUUUGGGCAAAAGCGAAAGAAAGCAAACAGAAACACAGAGCCCCAGUGACAGGUUCAGGUUACGCGAACGCCUUGCGAACCGGUUAAACUUAAAGUUAUUCCUGCAAACUCCUUUUGGAGCUGCCGCAGGACAUCGCAAAACUUUACGCUUAUCUCGCGUAAACAAAAUUAAACGAGCAAAGAAUUUCGGUCAAAGUAACGUAACGUCGAAAGAAUAAAGCUUAAACUCAACACUUGCUACACAAAAAUGUCUACAGUAGCAAGCAGCAACAGGAAAUCAACGAAAUUGUCGUCACUCUAAUCAAGUGGAAAUUUGAUUAAAGAAGAGAAAAGCGAAUUUAAUAAAUUUGAAAAACUCAAUAGCCGAGAAACGAACGGCAGGAAAAAGAGAGAAAGAAAAGCUGCUGCUGUACACAAAAAAAACGAAAACGAAGAAGAAAAAUUAAGUGCGAGUAUAUCAAAAGGUAACAGCAAAGGAAAUCAACACGCACGCACAUGAGCGAACCUGUUGUAUGUUGUAUGUUGCUGCUGCUUUUGCAACGAAAACGUAGCAAACAUUAAAAGUCAGCGAAGUGUGAAACUCCAAAACGAGAGGAGAAAAGCGAAAAAGGUUUGCCAAAACGAAUACAAAACAAGACAGAGCUGAACAUAAACCAAUAAUAAUACUCUGACGCAUUAUAUAAAAGGAGUAACGAAGUGAAUAAAAUGCUCAAAACCUCGAAAUAGAAACCACAAAACGAAGUAACUAAAAUUACACUCUACGAUUAUUAUUUAGUACAACUAAAGCAACAACUGAUUGCAGCUGACGAGGACUUGCCACACGGGGCAAGGACAUUCCAUAUAUACUUCUGGGCGCUGUGCUUGCUUCGACCAAAGCACGAAAUUAAGUGGAGAUUAUCAGAAGAUUAUAUUUUAAUAGCAUUUCAAGCUGUUGCCUUUCACGGCGAACACAAUCCACAGAAGAAGGACAGCGACAGGACUUCAACACGGCAAACGGAAACGGACACCGCAAAAAAAAGAACUGAAAGGGAGACUACAAUAGCGCAACAAAAAUACAUUAUAACCAUGUGCUAGUGUCCAAGUGUGUGUGUGUGUGAGUGAGUUUCCACAAGUGCGGCUUAUUACACAGGCCUCCGACCAUUCCAGGAAUUUUUUGUCGGCCAACAACUAAAGCGAAACAUAAACGCGUUUAGAAAUUGAAAUAAAGCAAGCAAACGUUGUGUGUGCUGUGUGUUGUGCUGUGUAUCUUAGGCAAGUGUUGUAACCGUGUGUGUGUAGAAGCAUAAUAUAUAAUUAAAACAUUAAGCAUACGUCGUGUGGCCGAACGAGGAGAAAUGGCAACAGUUUUUGCCAGGACUGAACUGAACCAACUUGAUCUGUGAACUGAGUUGAGCUGAAGAACUGGAGCGUGAGCGUGGCUCCCAAACUGAAUACUUAACAGCUCGUGCAUUUGGCUACUUUCUUGAACGGCGAAGGUUGUUAGACAAACGAAGACAGGUGGCACGGAAGCGACAAGUUAUUAGGACAAAAGCAGCAACCAAACGAGAAAAGCCGACUCUAUUAACAGAGCAAAGAGGCAACACCAAAACAAAAAAAGCAAAGAGAAAUAGGGAAAUGCUAAAGCGAGUAACUCAAGUGGGAGGCAAAUCGAAUCGUUAAGCGGCUGGCUGCCAAUGAGACGGCAGCAAGGAGCUGUAACUGGCACUUGACUGGGCCACAACAAACACACACAGAUCCACACACAACUCACAACAUCGAAAGCGGAUUGCGAAUUUGCGAUAUUGACACAAGGAAAUCGUUAGCCGGCUUAGCCUUUAGCUGGCAACCGAAGGCGACGAGGCGCAUUUAAAAUUAAAAAUAAAAUAUAUAUAUAUACUAGUAUACUAGAUCAAUCUAGAGGACAAAGUGUUAUGCUAAUGCCAACGACAGCGACAGCACCAUGAAUAUUACAUGAGCCGGGCAGCUAAGCCAGCCAAAGUGAUGACAAUAAGCACCAAGAUGACGCCAGUCAUUGACUAAAACCUCAUCAAAAAACAAAAGAAAGCAAAGGAGAAAUACAAAACGAGCAGCUGCUGCAACACUUUGAAGCCGACAGUCAAGAGUCGAGAUUGAGUGUCGUGCAUUCCAUCAAGAUGACGGAACUGCGUCGUACAAAUGGCCACGAUGCCUCCUCCGCAGCACCUCGACUGCAUAAACAGCAUUCGCUGCGCGAUCGUCCAUCGUCGACGCAUCCAUUGUUGCUGCACUCGCUGGCGGAUCAUGGUUGCAACUUGAGCAGCGGUGGCAACAGCGCCGCCAGCACCAGCAGCAGCACAGCGACUGCGACGACAGCUCUAGGAUUGGGAUUGAAUUCAACUGGUGGCGGGCGAUUGAAUAGCGUUGAGUUUGAUGAGCAUGACAUUUAUUAUGUGUCGCCAUCGAAGCGAAAAGCUGGCGUUGCACCUGUGGCCACCGCAUUGCGUCCGUCUGCUGCCUACGAUGGCAACAUUAACAGCAGCGGCGGUGGCAACAACAACAAUCACAAUGUGGUCACAUUUUCGGAUUAUGUGAGCGAACGCGGUGUCUCCAAUAGCUGUUCGACAGCCUCGUUUGCCACAUCGCAUCGCGGCUCCUUGAAGCGUGCCAAGGGACGCAGCAAUCAAUCGCUGUGCAGCUGCGAUGCCGGCGACGAGGCGCAACUGCAACCGGAUGCGGCACGGCCACUGUACGAGUACAGUUUGGAGCGGCGACGCAAGACGCACACCUACACGUGUGAGCAGAAUGCACAGAUACUCAUGAGACUGGAGCGCGAACGUAAUCGUAAAUUAUCGCUGACUUCGCUGGGCGGCAGCAUUGGAGUUGAGCUGCAGAGCGACACGCCCAGCUUGUCGGAUGUGGAUGUCAUACCGCCAGUGCCGCCUCCGCCAACCCUCAAGCGCAACGGCAGCGUGCGCAGCUUGCGACUGCUGCAGCAGCUGCAACAACAGCAACAGCAGCAACAACAACAACAACUGCACAAUGGCAGCCAGAAGGGCAACAACAACAGCAUGGCGUUGGGCAUGGCGCAGCUGUGCAGCAGCGAUUUGCUUGAGGAUUGCACCAAAUCGGCGCUGGAUGAAUGCGCUGCAACAUUGCUGAAGUGCACGACGAAUAGCAACGGCAGCAGCAUAAAUGCCAAGCCCGAUGUCUGCCAGCCCACGGGCCACGCCCACAGUAAGCCACAGUAUAAGCAUAAAGCAUCCCCGCCCUUUGCCGCACACGAGGAGGAUAACAUCUUUACGCCACACUCACAGAAAUCGGAUCCCAGUUUGUGCUUUGUCCCAGCCACAGCGGCAGCAACUGUUGUUGGCGCUGCAACUGCAACAGGAACGGGAACGGGAUCGGGAUCGGGAACGGGAGUGGCAACUGUUGCUGCUUCAAGCAAAUAUAACACCAUCGGGCCGAGCAGCGAUUAUGCACGUCAUCUGGCCCACUACAGUCGCUACCUGCAGAAGCAGCAUCAGCAGCAGCAAUUGGCUCACUUUCAGCAGCAGCGUUGUCGCUGCUUCUCCCAAUCGCUGCUCAAUUUUCCCAGCAACAAUCAGCAACAGUCGCUGCAGCAGCAGCCGAUGCAACAGCAGCAACAUGUGCAACUGCAGCCACAUGACUCGAAGCAUAGCCUUGGCGUGUUGCAACAACUGGGACAACCGGCGCACAUCUUUCAUACGAACAGCAUGGACUGGACACUGCCAAUGAAUAGUCGCAGUUUUGGCAAUUUGGUUGAUAUUGAUGGCAGCGUUAACGGUUGCCGUGUGCCAUAUCAGAAAAUGCAGCAAUCAUCGGCGCUGGCCUCCUCCAGUUUCACCAUGAAUUCCUUCGACAGUGCCCAUAGCAGCGGCAUGCUUGGCAAAGAGCGCGAGUCGCAAACAUUACCAACCUCCCAAUCGCAACUUCAUUCACAUUCGCAUCCACAUUCGCAUCAUUAUCAUGCGCACGAUGUGGCACAUUCUCUCCUGCAUCAUGCCACUGUUGGGCCAGGCGGCGCCAUUCCGGCCACACCGCAGAAACAUCAUCAGCUGCACUCGAGCGUCACGAGCAUCAUGCCAUGGAAGCAUCGACAGUGUCCUAGUCGCGGCUCAUCCAGUUCGGGCACAAAUUCAUUCCGCUUCGAUGCAGCCAAGCAUUGGCUGGCAGUCAGCUCAAUACUCUUGAUAAUUGGCGCUGCCAGUGUUGCUGUGCCCCUGGCGCUACGUGUUGCAGCAAGUGCACCAUUUGAGGAGCGUCUACGCGUUGCCGUACAACUGUUGGAUCAAGUGCCUUUAAUCGAUGGGCAUAACGACUUACCUUGGAAUAUACGCAAGUUCCUGCACAACAAACUCAACGACUUCAACUUUGAUGAGGAUUUGCGCAACGUGGCGCCCUGGGCACGCAGCCAAUGGAGUCACACGGAUCUAACACGACUGAAGAAGGGACGCAUAUCAGCGCAGUUCUGGGCCGCUUAUGUGCCCUGUGAAGCGCAGCAUCGGGAUGCGGUUCAGCUGACGCUGGAACAGAUUGAUGUGAUUAAAAGACUUACCGAUCGAUAUUCACCGCAGCUAACCACCUGCACAUCAGCACAGGAAAUCAUCGAUGCACACAAGAACCAACAACUCUGCUCGCUAACUGGCGUCGAAGGCGGCCAUUCAUUGGGUGGCUCGUUGGCUGUGCUUCGCACUCUGUAUGCAAUUGGGGUCCGUUAUAUGACACUCACGUCCACAUGCCACACACCGUGGGCCGACUCAAGUUCAGCGGAUGCGCCGACCUUCAACAUGAAGCAUGGCGGACUCACCAUAUUUGGCAAGACAAUCAUACGCGAGAUGAAUCGACUGGGCAUGAUGGUGGAUUUGUCACACGUCUCCAAAGGAACGAUGCGCGAUGCUCUGGAAGUGAGCGAGGCACCCGUCAUAUUCUCCCACUCAUCCGCCUACGAGCUGUGCAACACAAGUCGCAAUGUCCAGGACGAUAUCCUGCAAGCGUUGGCCAAAAAUGGCGGACUCGUCAUGGUCAACUUUUACUCCAAGUUCUUGUCGUGCAGCGACAACUCAACUGUACAGGAUGCAGUCGCGCAUAUUAAUCACAUUAAGCGAGUCGCUGGCAUCGAUCACGUUGGCCUCGGCGCCGGCUACGACGGCAUUAAUUAUACACCCAAAGGCCUAGAGGAUGUUUCAUCGUAUCCGACGCUGUUCGCCGAACUUUUGGGAGGCGGUUGGACCAUCGAUGAGCUGACCAAAUUGGCAGGAGGCAACUUUCUGCGUGUCAUGCAGCAAGUGGAGAAGCUGCGGGAUGAUAAGAAGGCUGCCGGUAUCAAACCCUAUGAAGAUCAUCCCAACUUUCGCACUGACGAUCCAUAUAAUUGUACUUCCAGCUAAUUAAAUCUAAGCGCUAUCUUUAGAGAGGUUGUUUAAUAGGCCAACCUGGCUGAAAAUGCAACGAAAACAUUUUGGUGCAUAUAAAAACAAAAGAAAAACAAAACAAAGAACAGUAAUUGAAAGUAAAUUAAUGAAUGAAUAUAUGAUAUUUAAAUUAAUUACAUUCUAGUUAAAUAAGUGGCCUAGCUAUGGUUUGUAUAAGCUUUAAGUAUAUAUAAUAGUACUAAUAUAAAGUCUACUACCUAAGUCUUUGGCUAAAUUCCUUCUCGGUUCUAUGGACAAUUUUGCGAAUUUCGUUUUGGUUUUUAUGACAAUCUACAGACUGCCAAGAAAUGCACCCACUUACCGCAAAUUUAUAAAUUUAUAAAGCAAUUAUUUCAAAUUCCAACGGUUUUAUCUCCUACCUAUUCUACAACUAAACUCCCAUAUGAAAAUUCUGACUUCAAACUGGACCAACACAGAAAUAGAAGAGUACACGACUAAAGGAGCAGAAGAUGAUGCAAAAAACAAAUAAACAAACUUGUAUUUACAAUUUCCGUUUUCCAAUGUGAAUUAAUUUCAUUGUUUUUUAUAUGAAAACUACAUAUCAAUCAAGCAUGUAAUAAAAAAUAUAUAAAAAGAAAUAAAUCAUUUUCGUAGAUUAAUGUUUAAAUGCAAAUAAUAUUUGAAAAGUGGGAAAGCAUACACUUAAAUUAAAUAAUCUACUAUAAAUUAUAAAGUAAAUAUACAUAUAUAUAUAUAUAAAUAUUUAGAAAAUUAUUGGGCAUUGAUUCAAUGUUAAUUAAACAAUUAGUUCAAUUUUUCUAAGCAGUUUGCGAGCAGUUGUGUAUUAUGAAAUGCACAAAUACUGAGGGAAAAGUAAAUAGCGUAACAGACACUAAAUUAGUUGGUAAGCAAAGUGGGCGUGGCACAAGCUUCAAGUGCAUGCCACCUACUAUAUAUACCCAGUAUAGAGCUGUACAUAGGUUGGGUUGGACAAUUUCUAUAGCAUAAGUAUGUCAAAUAUGCGUAUUCUCUAUAUAUAUAUAUAAAUUUACUGUUAGACAAACAACACAAACUCAAACAAUUUCUCCCUGCAUUUCCGUAGCCUACGCCCCUUCUAUACAAAAAUAUGAGAAAAACAAUAAUUAAAAAAGCCACUCUGUCAGUAUCUCUGUACCUUCUAAACCUAAAAAAAAGAAAAAGUGAAAAAAAUCUAGUCAAAUGUGCGUAGUCUUAAGUAAAUAAAUUCAAUAAUUGUACAUUUUCUACGCAAAUGAAAACAAACACUAUUGUUACAAUUUUUUUAUGACGUAUUUUAUACGAAUUUUUGUAUGUGUACAUAGCGUUUUUACCUAUACCGUUUUGCUAUAAUUUAUAAACCUAUAGUUUUCUAGCAAAAAUUAAAUAUAUGUAUGAAUAUUACAAUUAUAAUUACAUUGUACUUAAAUAUAAUAUUAGUAAGUUGUUAGUCAAGCGUUAGUUCUUAGGCUAAACGCUUGCCUCGAAGGCGAGCCAUAAAAUAUCUGUAAAGUUUAUACAUGCAUAUAGUACAUACAUACAUACAAAACAUAUAUAGGAACUUGAUUCAAAUUACACAUACACCAACAACUCACAAAGCAAAUGUAAAAUGAAACUUAAAUUUAAAUUUUCAACCAUACUGUGUCAUACGUUGUUGUGUACGUUAAAACACACACAUGAAAUGCGCAUAUGUAUGUAAAUCCAAAUUGUAGUUAAAUCUUGAAAAUGGUAAAAUGUUUAGCGAAUAAAUUCCAAUAAAAUGACAAACAGA